UUUUGACAUAUUAUAAUCUGAAAUCAACUGGCUAUAACCCAGAGAACGCGAAGAAUCGAAUAGGAACACACGCGAAGGAUCGAAAACACAGGCAGUAUGGACAAAGUUCAAUUCCAGCUCGAAUCUACCAUCCCGGAGCUCAAAGAUCUUCACGAAAAGGGCCUCUUCACCAAAAAUGAGAUCAACGAAAUAACAAAGAGGCGAACUGCUUUUGAAAUGGCUUUGAUUCGUAGGGUGCAGCGAAAGGAAGAUUUCUUCAAAUAUGCGCAAUAUGAGAUCAACCUCGAGCGAUUAAGACGGGUGAGAUGGAGAAAGCUUCGCUACCACAUCAAUCCCCCUCCUCCUUCCGCUUCCACCUACUCAAUCCAAAGGAGAACACUUUAUAUCUUGAAGCGUGCAACGUCAAAGUUUCCUCAAGAUCUCUCGGUUUGGUUGACUUAUAUCCAAUAUGCGAGCAGAGAAGGUAUGCGUAAGGUUGUUGCACAAGGUCUUACCAAAGCUUUGCAAUUCCACCCGACAUCAUCUACUCUUUACCUCCUACAAGCCUACUUCCAUCUUCACCCUAAUUCACCUUUCCCACAAUCCAUCCUUCCCGAUUCUACCAAGGAUCUUUCAUUGUCAGAGGACUCAGACGAAUCAGAUAAACCUCCUGCGUUUGCCAUUGAAGGCGUCAACCCUGCACGUACCGCUCUCUUGCUCGGUCUCCGACUCGUCCCCACAUCCCCCGAAAUAUGGACAGAGUACAUCAAGCUCGAGCUGGGAUGGGUGGAGGCGUUGAGAAGGCGAUGGAAAUUAUUAGGUAUUAAGGACGCCUUUGCUGAUAAGCCAGUACCUGAAGGGGCGAAGAGUUUCGAAGGCGAUGAAGAUGCGUUGAUGGGUGGAGAAGGUGCUUUUGGGCCAGAGGGGGAAGAUGCGCGGAAAUCAAUCCUCGCGGGACAGCUAGUCAUCCAUGCGCUGACAUCAGCGCUGAACGCUAUCGAACCAAGAGAAGUCAUCGAAGGGAGGAAGAAUGGUGGGAUGUGGUUCAGGGAGCGCCUCUUAGCUUUGUUCAGGGGUUAUCCCAGCCCCCUUCGUGCAAGAUGUCUGGAGGUUGUGCAUGAGGAAUUGCGAUCCAUCUCCAUCGCAGAUUCUAGCGACAGACAGGUGGCGUGCAACGCACGAUUACUCGGGAUCUCCCGGAAACUAUUUGAGAGACCAUAUGAAGAGGGUGAGGAGCCUGUGAUGGAAGGCGAAUAUGCAUUGUCAGGGGUAGAUUUGGUUGAGGAGUAUGGAAAAAUUGGGAAAGAGAUUAGGAAGAUUGCGAAAGGAAGUAAAGACCCGAUGUGGACAGAGACGGCGGGGAAAUGGUUGAUUGAGCGUAUCAACAGUCAUCAGGACUAUCCCGAGCUGCGGCAGUAUCUUGAGUCGGUCGCUUGUAACCUCCAAAAGGCUUCAAAGUGAUGAUAGUUAUCAGGUGAUGGAUGGCGAUAAGGUCAGCGUGCGAUGAGAAUGACUUUAUGGUCGACGCUCGAGAGGGAUGUGAGCUUGUGUUCUUAUCCACCUAUAUUAACAUCUUGGUCUAUCUUCACUGCAUGUAAAAUAUUCUGCAUUAGCCAAAUUGUGAACCUUUCGGUGCCUC